UAUAAAUACCAACAACUGCCUCUGAGCGCCAGCACCACUCUCCCUGGGAUUACACAGUAAACACAGUCGGCAGAUUAUUGUUUUUUUUUUUUUUUCUGCAGGAGCUGCGCUCUUUGCUGGCGGACACAGAGUUUCACUCUAAGAUGGAGAACGCAGAGGUGCUGGAGAUGACCGUGAAGAAGGUGGAGGACAUUCUGAAGAACCGGACCCAAGAAUCUGAACUCCUGAACCGAGAAGCCAGCGAGAGGUUCGCGGCGGGCUACAUCCAGUGCAUGCACGAGGUCCACAUGUUCGUGUCCAGCUGCCCGGGGAUCGACGCGGCGGUGGCGGCCGAGCUCCUCAACCACCUGCUGGAGAGCAUGCCCCUGAACGAAGACCACCUCCAGGACGUGCUGAUGGACCUUAUCACGGACUCUUCCACAAGCAGCACGACCCCGGCUCCUGAGGGAGGGCGGAGCCCGCACGCAGGCGGGACCUCGGCUCUGUCCCCGGCCCUCUCCGCCAUGUCCGGCGAGGACUUGUGCUCGGACCUGGAGGAGACCGACAGCGAGCACAACCAGAGCUCCACAGAGGGAGCGGAGAACAGGGAGGCUCUGAGCGCGCCUACCGUCACAUACCCUCAGUGCAUGUGGAGACCCUGGUAGGUCCUUAUGAGGUGUCGUUAGGAUCCGCUGAAACUGGACUUGUGGGUUUUCUUCCACCUGAUAGCUGCCUGAGCCUCUUUUAGAAAGAAACCCUCCCCCUGCAGCACGUUUAGGAACACUGACAAGUUGCACUGAUCGUCUUCAGACCCUUCGGACGCCACAUUGCUCAGUCCAUCUCAGACACUUCUGCUUUUAAAAAGGUCUGUACAUAUUUUGGUUCAUUUUUUUCAACCAGGAACAAGA